AUGCAAACACGCAUGUUCGGUUUGUUUAUUCGAGUUGGGUACCUCACACAAAGAGGCGACAUCAUCAUGCAUGUGCAAUUACUGAUUGCGUUCAUGUGUUAUUCAUGCAAGUUGGUGCUAAGUGCGGAACAAGCUGCUCAAUCAAUGUUUCGUCCCACGACUCCUGAAACGCUGACUAGUGAAAACUAUCCCAACGAAAUUCAUUGGAUUACCACGGAAGAUGGCUAUAUUCUUCAAAUUCAUCGAAUCACGGGACCAGGUCCCAGGAACUCUACAGUUUCAAGACGUGGUCUUCCUAUUUUAGUUACACAUUCGUUAUGUUCAUCUUCUUAUGAUUAUAUUGCACUUGGUCCGGAUUUAGCUUUAGGAUAUUUGCUUGCGGAUAAUGGUUUUGAUGUUUGGUUAAUAAACAACCGAGGUAAUGAAUAUUCUACUAACCACACCACGUUGGACCCACACAGUUGGAUAGAUCAUCGGUAUUGGGACUUCACGUGGCAUGAGAUGGGUAUCUACGACUUACCAGCAGUGAUCGACUACGUUUUAAACACCACCGGAUUCCAGCAGGUUUACCAGAUUGGGAUGUCCGAAGGUGCAACGCAGUUCUACGUGAUGACCUCCUCACGCCCUGCAUACAAUGACAAAGUGAAAGCGCACUUCAGUUACGCACCGGCAACGUUCCUAUGCCACUUGUCCAAUGUACCCACCUUGAUCCUAACCUUUCCAGAAAGAUAUGGACUGGUUUCGUUCGUGACGCAAUUUAUUGGCUCCUUCAGUGUGAUUCCCAAUUCGGAACUCUUUUCGUACUUGACCGCUGUAUGUCCCCUGAAUGCACUAACAGAAUCAUUCUGUGGUUCCAUCUAUUCACCUUUUGCCGAUUCAAAUCCAGAGCAACAAAGUCCUGAGAAACAAAGACUUAUCUUACAGCAUACCCCAUCUGGCUGCUCAUCGAAGACAAUCAUUCAUUACACACAAUCAGUGCGUUCAUGUGGAUUUGGUUUGUAUCAAGAUAACUUCUUCCAACCGCGUCAGGAAUACGAUUUGCAGAAUAUACGCACACCGUUGUAUGUGUAUUACAGUAACAUUGAUCGUUUCGUGAGUUCCUUAGAUGUGUUCCAUCUGAAUGAUACGUUAACAGUUGGCUUCGCUGCAUCUUCAGAAAAUCGCGUCCUGGGGCAUGCCGAUUUUGUUUAUGGCAUUAGUGCACGUGCGCUUGUCUAUGACGAUACUAUAUCACGUUUAAUUAACUUCAACGAUGAUUGUUUUGUUUCGGGCCCGUCUGAUUGGUCAUCUGGUCACAGGUUCCUUCACCAAAGUCAAGAUCCACGACGCGCGAUAAAGGAAGUCAUGACCGUGCGCCUGUUCGCCAUCGUAGGUUUCCUAGUCGCGAGCGCGACUUGCCUGGAUUUCGGCAGCCAAGAAGAGGACGCCAUUUUGCGAACGCCGGAGUUAAUUAGAAAGUACGGCUACGAGGUGCAGCUACACAACGUCAUCACAGACGACGGCUACGUACUAACGCAUCAUCGCAUCCCCUACGGCCGGAAGCAGAACAAAAGGACUGAUAGACCAGUAAUUCUACUGCAACACGGACUAUUGGGUUCUUCGAGCGAUUGGAUUAUCAAGACUCCGGGAAGCGGAUUAGGAUACUUGUUAGCAGAUGAAGGGUACGAUGUGUGGUUGUUAAACACGCGCGGGAACGAGUACUCUGAGAAGCACGUUGCUCUGCAUCCAGUUUACAACCGCCGGACGUUCUGGGAUUUCUCUUGGCAUGAGAUAGGCGUCUAUGACCUGCCCAACACAAUAGAUUACAUCCUGAAUGUGACUGGACAAGAGCAGGUACUCCACAUUGGACACAGUCAAGGCACGACUACUUUGUAUGUUAUGUUGUCGGAAAGACCAGAGUACAACGAUAAAGUACAAGCACACAUCAGUUACUCGCCCAUUGCGUUUCAUAAACAUACCAUUAGUUUGAUGUUCAGAGUUUUAGCACCUGUUGAAGCUCUUGGAGGACUGACUGCAUUGAAACUUUUUAUCGGCGAGUUCAACUUUGCGCCCAGUAAUAGUUUACUGCGACUUUUUACCGGAAUGAUGUGCACCGACAGGGAGACAACCCAAGUGGUGUGCUCAAAUAUUUACUAUAUGCUAAUGGGAUAUAAUCCAUCGCAGAUGAACUCCACGAUGCUUCCAGUUAUCUACGGACAUUUUCCAGCUGGGUCCUCUAUGAUGCAAAUGGCACAUUAUAUUCAGGAAAUUAAUUCAGGAAAAUUCCGACAAUUUGAUUAUGGAUUCGCUGGUAAUAUGCAAAAAUACAAAAGAAGUCAACCACCGGAGUACAAUUGCAGCGCAGUGCAGGUACCGGUACAUACAUUUUAUGGUGGCAAGGAUGCUUUCGCUCAACUUCAAGACGUCGAAAGGUUCCACGAACUUUUACCAAAUCUGCAAUCAAAGACGUACAUUUCCGAGUGGGCGCACAUGGAUUUCAUGUAUGGGUUAGACGCCGCCGAGAUGGUCUACUAUCCCACGAUGGACAUCCUUGCGCAGUAUUCCAAAUUAGAAAGAAAGAACUUCUUCUCACCACAAAGUCCACCCAAGACUAAAAAACGAAGAGGAAGGACAAGGAAACCCGCGCCGAAGAAAAACUUUAUUUAAUAAUUACCAUUAGAUCAUUUUAAUGCUGACUGUUGACCUAUGUAUAAUUUUUUUAAUUGUUAUUUAUAAUACUGAACGUGAUUUACAUAUGAAAUAUGAAUAAACAAAAUUUAUGAAUGCAACAAGGAAA